GCGGCUGCUCGGCUUGUCUCGUGUGAGCAGCAGCGGCUCAGUAACGUGUUACCGGUAACCGGGUCACAUCGGAGCGCCGUUUCUGACUUCCACUGUCGACUUUAGAGCUCAGACGCCGGAGGAGCGGAGGACAGGAGCUGUCACCUCACCGGGCCGGUGUUUUAACGGACUUUCCGGUGUUUGGAGCCUCUCGGUGCUCGGAGUUACCGACCGGAGCGGAUCAGAAGCAUCUAAACAUGGCUUCUCACUGAUGCUGGGAGUCAAGAGCUGAAGGAGCAAAAGUGGAAGACGAAAGCUAGCAUUAGCGUUAGCAUCAGCUGGACCUUCAGAGCCGAUGGGGGAGACGGAGGACGAGCGGGCGGCUCAGGCCGACCAGCUCUUCGACACCUUCGUCCAGGCCUCCACCUGUAAGGGAACCCUGCAGGCCUUCAGCAUCCUCUGCAGGCAGCUGGACCUGGACCCUCUGGACCACAGCAGCUUCUACACCUCGCUCAAAGCCGCCGUCAGCACCUGGAAGGUUAAACCUCUGUGGACCAAACUGGACAAACGGGCCCAGCAGAAGGUCUACAACCACAACAGAGCCUGCCAAGGAACCCGGUGUCUGAUCAUCGGUGGAGGUCCCUGUGGUCUCCGGACUGCCAUCGAACUUUCCCUGCUGGGCUGUAAGGUGGUGGUGAUCGAGAAGAGGGACACGUUCUCCAGGAACAACGUCCUCCACCUGUGGCCCUUCACCAUCCAUGACCUCCGGGGCCUCGGGGCCAAGAAGUUCUACGGGAAGUUCUGUGCCGGAUCCAUCGACCACAUCAGUAUCCGUCAGCUUCAGCUGAUGCUGCUGAAGAUCAGUCUGAUCCUGGGAGUUGAGAUACACGUCAACGUGGAGUUCGUGAAACUUCUGGAGCCUCCAGAGCAGCAGGACGAGGACGGUCCCGGGUGGAGAGCCGAGGUCCGACCUUCCUCUCAUCCCGUCUCUCAGUUUGACUUUGACGUGGUGAUCGGAGCCGACGGACGUAAAAACACUUUAGACGGCUUCAGGAGGAAGGAGUUCAGAGGGAAACUGGCCAUCGCCAUAACAGCCAACUUCGUGAACAGGAACACGACGGCCGAGGCCAGAGUGGAGGAGAUCAGCGGCGUGGCGUUCAUCUUCAACCAGAAGUUCUUCCUGGAGCUGAAGGAGGAAACAGGAAUCGACCUGGAGAACAUCGUUUACUACAGAGACAACACUCACUACUUUGUGAUGACUGCUAAGAAGCAGAGUCUGCUGGACAAAGGAGUUAUUCUAAAUGACUACAUAGAAACCGAGCGCCUGCUGAGCCCCGACAACGUCAACCAGGAGGCGCUGCAGUCCUACGCCCGCGAAGCGGCUGACUUCGGUACGAACUACCAGCUGCCAUCGCUGGACUACGCCAUCAACCACUACGGGCAGCCGGACGUCGCCAUGUUCGACUUCACCAGCAUGUACGCCUCCGAGAACGCCGCCCUGAUCCGGGAAAAACACGGACACCAGCUGCUGGUCGCUCUGGUGGGAGACAGUCUGCUAGAGCCCUUCUGGCCGAUGGGAACCGGCUGUGCUCGAGGUUUUCUGGCUGCUUUCGACUCUGCUUGGAUGGUGAGGGGUUGGGCUCAAGGAAGGAGUCCUCUGGAGAUCCUGGCCGAGAGGGAGAGUAUUUACCGUCUGCUGCCUCAGACCACCACAGGGAACAUCAGUAAAAACUUUGAGCAGUACUCCAUCGAUCCUGCCACCCGCUACCCCAACCUGAGCUCCGGCUGUGUGCGACCACAUCAGGUUCGUCAUCUGUUCAUCGAUGGUCGGCAGGACUUGAGUCUGGUGGAAAGAGAAGGACCGACUCGUAGAUCCAUCAACCUGUCCAGGAGAGAGUCCGAGGUCCGGCCGGGUCGACUGCUGACCUGGUGUCAGAACCAAACCCACGGCUACAGAGGAGUGGACGUCACCAACCUGACGUCCUCCUGGAGGAGUGGACUCGCCCUCUGUGCUCUGAUCCACCGCCAGAGACCAGAACUCAUCGACUUUGACUCUCUGAAUGAAGAGGACGUGGCGGGAAGCAACCAGCUGGCAUUCGACGUGGCCGAGCGAGAGUUCGGCAUCCAGCCGGUGACGACAGGGAAAGAGAUGGCCGGCGAGGGCGAACCGGACAAACUGCUGAUGGUUCUUUACCUGUCCAAAUUCUACGAGGCGUUCAGGGACUCACCGGCAAACAACAACGUUUCAAGAGAAACCGACGAAAACGGAGAAGAAAAUAAAACCAACCACAGAGUCGUGAACCAGCAGAGGAAGAGGAUCCCCAGGGACGACAAGAAAGUGGAAGAAGAUUCUGUUAACAAGAGACGACGGAAAGGAAACAACUACCUCACAGAGCUGUCCUGCCACAGUGCGCCUCCUGCUGGUGAAGACAGGGAACUGCGGGAGAACAAAGUUCGCUCGAUGGCGACUCAGCUGUUGGCCAAGUUUGAGGAGAAUUCAUCGACGGGAAAGAUCCGCAGGAAGUCUGAUGAGGAUCCUUCUUUUCCUCCGUCUCCUUCCUCCUCCUCCUCCCCUGUUCUCCUCCCCUCUGAUGAUGAUGAUGAUGAUGAAGAGGAGGAGGAGGAGAAUCCUCGUUUUGCGAAGCCUAAACUUGUCGCUCCUCCUCCUCCUCCUCCUCAGCAUCCUGCUCGUCCCAGAUGGCAGCCGUCCAUCUACCUGCAGCUCCUGGAGAAUCCUUCUUCUGUGCUCCAACAAACUGCUUCCUUCCCGUUAUCUAAAAGCUCUGAGAGCAGCUCCAGUCGAUCCCCGUCUCCUUCCAAAUACCUGUUAGCCCCGCCCACAUCCCUGAUAGCCCCACCCACCUCACCUAAUGAGCACCCAGAAUGCACCUCUCCUUACCCCCCCGACGGUCCGAGCGUCGGUCCGUCCUCCCAUCAGAGAAAACACCAGAAAAUGUCAUCCAGAGAGUUUUCCAGACGGACUAUCAAAGAGCGAGCCGACCUCCUGUCCUCCAUGUUCACUGGGUCCAACAAACCUGCUGCUGUUUAUGGCUCGCAGGUGGAACCUUCUACCUCCUCUCCUCCUCCUCCUUCUUCUUCAUCACCUCCUCCUCCUCCUCCGUCAGUAUCUAAGAGCUCCAGUAUCUUCUCUGUGGUCCAUCCAGUUCCUGAUCCCACCAUCCAGGCUGGUUUCUCCUCUCUUUCCCUCUACAGUCCUGGACUAAAGGACAAGACUUCCUCCUCCACUCCUUCAUCUCGUACUGACUCUGAAAACACCAAACAAAUCUCCUCUGUUCACGUCGAUUCCUCCGCAUCCGACAACAAAAUAGCGGCUCGUCUUUCUUUGCCUCGCUUAGACGAGAACCAGAACAUCUCCUCUCGGUUAUCAGACACAAACAUCACCCCGUCUUCUCUCGAUGAAAACACCAGGAAACACCAAAAUUCACAAAACAAUCAGGAAGAUGAGCAGGAGACGAUCCAUAAAGCUGCUCGGGAGACAUUUGAUGAUAACAAAUUAGCUGAAAACAAUCAUAAGAGCUCAGAGCUCGAGAUCUCCAGAAGAAACGCUCCAAAGGCGGUUGUUCGCUCCGAGAGUUGUCCGACCGGAGCUCCUAGUUACAGUAAAGAGCGUACGAUUGGAAAAGUGUCGUCAGCCAUAGAUGCUAAAGCUCAGUUACUGGCCAUCCUCUAUGAGACCGACCACCGGCCCAAUGCAGCGCCGGUUCUAGUUCCCUGGCCAGGAAGAGCUCGCAAGGCUAACGGGUGCGUGGUACGUAAGGAGUUCCCUCCAGGCCUCGGUGGCAGCGACAUCUGCCACUUCUGCACCAAGCGGGUUUAUGUGAUGGAGAGACUCAGCGCCGACGGCUACUUCUUCCACCGCGAGUGUUUCCGAUGCGACGUCUGUAACUGCACCCUUCGACUGGGAGGACACGCCUUCGACUCUCAGGAGGCAAAAUUCUACUGCAAGAUGCAUUACACCCAACGCCAAUCCAGCAAUCACCACAGCAGAUUCAGAAGGACAGCGGAGGACCAAAGUCGUGCUGCAUCAUCGUCGUUGGACAGCGGGAGCUUCUCGGCCGCCAGCAGCGUCCAGAUCCAGCCUUCAGGAUUGGCAUCCAGCCGGCGCUCAGAGCAGCUUGGUAAAGGUCGCAGCAGAGUUCCUGAGGAUACUGAGAUGGCCGAGGAGGCUGUCGAUGCUUCUUCUGCAGCAAAACCAGCAACACAAGACGGGCCAAAGAGUCAGAACCAGGACGAUACCAAAGAUCACCUGAACACCAAACACAAUAAUCGAUGGAAACGGAAGAUCAGAGCGACGUUCCCUCUGAUGUUCCUGAAACAUUUCCAGAGAAGCGUCCUGCUGAACGAAGAAGGUCCAGAAACUGUUCCUGAAGCCGACUCUGACUUUGAGGACAUCACUUCAUCAGAAAAACAAACCAGCAGCGACGUCAAGACAUCAACAGAAACCCAGAAUCCUUCAGAUCAAACAGAGAAAACUGAGGAUUGCCCAGUUUCAUCGACCCCAAAGAAGCUCCUGGUUUUAUCGACGUCUGACAAAGAGAAGCUUCUGACCUGGGAAGGUCCUCAGAAACCAGAAGAAGCUUUAAAUAAAACACAGCAGGACAAAGAGCAGGAACCAACAGAAGCUGAUAAACCUCAAACCGACUCGGUCCAGAACGGAGGAACGUCUGGAAGCUCAUCUCCUUCGGCCUUCCAGGUUAUCGCCAACGCCUUCAGGAGGACGUUCAGCGUGACGCAGCACAGCUCCACGGCUGCAGUCGCCAUGAGGUCCAAACGUGACGGACCCAGGAGGCCGAGGCCGAUGUCUGACGGAGCCUUCAGCUUCCUGUUGGGUCCGGAGCAGAAGAAGUCCGGCUGGGCGGCCGAUCCGUGGGGUUCUGGUCGGGAUCUGCCGUCGCUGCUGCAGCAGGUUUCCCUGAAGGGUCGCAGAGACUCUGGAGGAGUUUUCUCCGACGACAUGAACUCACUGCCUCGCCGGAGAGUCAACCUGUUCUCCUCUCUGAGGCUGAGGAAGAGGGAGGUUUCUGACAGUGAUGGGAAGGACCACGAGGUCCAGACGGAGAUCAGGAGCAUCCUGUCCAAGCUCAGGAACAAAGCGUCCAGUCAGCAGAACCUGGAGGAACCGUCCUCAAGUGACGAUGAUGAGGAUGAAAUGCAGACGUCCAAUCAGAAGCUGUGUCCAGAGAAGCUGAGGAAGAAGCAGGAGAAGACGGUGGUCCAGCAGGCCAAACGAGAGCAGCUGAAGAGGCUCCACAGAGCUCAGGUGAUCCAGAGGCAGCUGGAAGAAGUCGGCGAGAAGCAGAAGGACGUGGAGGAGCGAGGAGUGACCAUAGAAAAGAUCCUGAGAGGAGAAGCUGAAGCAGCUCAGACGGACGGCGAUGAGGCCCAGCUCUACCAGUCCUGGUUUAAACUGGUCCUGGAGAAGAACAGGCUGGCUCGAUAUGAGUCCGAACUCAUGAUCUUUGCUCAGGAACUGGAACUGGAGGACACUCAGAGUCGACUGCAGCGAGACCUGCGACGGAGGAUGGCCGAGGAGGAUACGAAGAAAAGCGCCUCGGAGCUGCAGGAGGAGCAGGAGAUCCUGUCGGAGAUCAUGAGGACGGUGGAGAAGCGAGACAUGCUGGUGUCCGUCCUGGAGGAGCAGAGGCUGAAGGAGAAGGCCGAGGACAAAGACCUGGAGAGCCUGGUGCUGUCCCGGGGCUACGAGUUCCACUGGGCCCCUCUGGACGACAGCUGGGGGCCUGACAAGCUGGACUGAGGACGGGUGGAUUUAUACCAGAGUCAGCUACAGCUCCAGAAGAUGUGGAGUCUUUGAUUCACCAUGAAGAAGACGGACGGACGGACAGCAGGGCUUCAUGUAGCCGGAGCUAACGACUUCCUCAGAGCCAUGAAGUUAAUAACAUCUCUGUCAUUAAAGGUUAUCUGACCUCUGCAGUCUCAUGUGAAGAAACUGGACAAGCUGAACCACCACUAAUAAUCUGAUAUUUUUGCACACUUCCUAAACCAAACCGACCAGAAGCUGAAGAGACGCAGGUCGGCUAACAUUCUAACACUGUAAAGCUUCACUGGAGAACACGCGUGUUUUUGCACUGGUUUGAACUUGUGGUCUGAACCCAGAAAUGCGCUUCAUGUAAAUCACCGUUUGUCACGUUGUGGGUUCAGCUAUGACUCUAAAGUCUUCAGCGUCUUUUAUGAGCUGGAACACACAAAUAAAAUUCAACUUUAUUUACACCCAGACACGAACGAACACAGCAGAAAUCUGUCCUCACACCAGUCUGUGUCCAGAGAUACCUGAAAGUUCAGAUGUUCCUGCUCUUUCUAAUUCAGUGUCUUUAGUCCGACUACUGCCAGUUAAACUGUGUUUCGAUGGUUUAAUCCUCUGUUCAGGGCUGAGAGUCCAAAUGCUGGUUCACCUCCUUCAUGAGAAGAUUAAUAAUGUGUUUACAAGAGUUUUAUUCCCAGGUUGAGUCACCAAACGACUCUGUUCCCUUCCUGUUCCGUAUGUUUAUGGUGUGAAUAAAAUAUUCUGAUUAAGUUAUAGUUUUCAUGGUUUAAAAAGACUAAACUGUGUGUGUCAUGUUUCUAUGUUUUGGUUUUGUGCUGCUUCAAGACUUUUAAGUGGAAAAGAAUCGUAAUAAAAAUGAAUUUUAAUUUUGGCAUACUA